AUGGCUCCGCAGUACACCCACGACGGUCCUUGGGACGGCUCGACGUCGUCGAUUGGCGACGGCAACUCGCCCUGGUGGUGGGACGACAACAACAACGACGACGACGGCGGCCUUUCGGAGCGCGACCGCCUGCUCGCCAUCAUCCUCCCCUCGGUCUUUGGCGGCCUCCUCGUCCUCCUCCUCCUCUGGAUCUUGUACCGCCUCAACUCGGUCCGCCGGCGCGUCCUCGCGUGCGAGGAGCGCGAGCUCGUGCACGACGCGGCCAUCACGGCCGUCAAGGAGGAGCGCGAGGCCGAGCGCGAGGGCUGGUACGGCGCCGGGUGGCAGCACGGUCGUCGUCACGGGCGCGACAGGCGCAGGAGGUGCGUCGAGCCGCAGCUGCCGUGCAGGCCUCAGAUCCUCCCUGUUGCCGUUCCUUUCCCGACGUACGGCGGCGGCGACUACAAGCAUCACCAUCAUCGCAGGCACCACCACCACCACCAGUACCCGCCUGGCGGCUACCCGGCGAUCGGGUACCCAGGCUACUGCUGA